UACAAGACAAUACUAAUCGUUUUUGUGGAUGAGUUUUAUCUGAAACUUUGGGAUGGUGAAUACUGGUGCUUUGAUUGAAGCACAAGCUGGCUGAAUCAUGUGAUAGGCCUACAUUGGGAUUGUGGACACAUCCUUACUAGCAAAUUCAAUAUCUCUCGUAGAUAAAUCAGUUCGGAUCAUUAUUUCAUUUGCUUUUAGUUGUGAUUUUAAUGCAAUUUAAUACCUUUGUACCCAGUCCAGAAUCUUAUCAGGAUUAUCGGUGGUGGAGUGAGCUAGCUUCAAAGCUUAGAUAUUUUGCCAUCAGUUUCAGUAUACCAAUCAACUUGUCACCUACGUGCGGAUUUAUUUUUAAAUAGGCCUACAAGACAUAUUGGGAAUAAAACAAAGCUCGUAUGGCUAAACAUACUCAUUGGAGAGAUUCUAAGGCAUGGCUGGAUACUGGUCUUAGUCUGUCAUCUACCAGCAAUGAAGCAUGCAAACUCUAUGACGCUGCGUUGACUCAGUACAUUGGCUGGUAUGAUGAACCUAGUGUAGGUGGCCUAGAAGCCACACUUGAGGCAUUACUCAAAUCUGAUCCAUCAUUUGUAAUGGGACGAGUUAUCAGCAAUGGUCUUGAGUUACUUGGUACCGGCACUAAUAUAGAUUUAAAUCUGGAUUUGAAGAAGAACAUCGAUGAAAUGGUAGACUUGUCAAUGAGUAACAGUAUAAGUCAACGAGAGAAAUACCAUGUUUCUGCAAUAAAAUUUCUCUCUGAUGGGUACCAGAAAAAAGCGUGUGAAACCUGGGAACGAAUUCUGGUGGAGAACCCAACAGAUCUGCUUGCCUUAAAGUUUGCUCAUGACAGCUAUUUCUAUUUGGGUGAAUCUACUCAAAUACGGGAUUCCAUUGCCCGUGUUAUGCCAUAUUGGGAUGAUACUAUGCCAUUGUCCAGCUACCUACAUGGCAUGUAUGCAUUUGGAUUAGAGGAGACAAACCUGUAUGCUCAAGCAGAAAAGGAAGCCAAAUUAGGUUUGCACCUAAAUCCAAACGAUCCUUGGGCAACGCACUCGAUGGCGCACGUUUUAGAGAUGAGCGGACGUGCUAAGGAAGGAAUUCAGUUCAUGAGUACAACUGAGAAUGACUGGAAUAUCUGUGGCAUGAUUGCUUGCCAUAAUUACUGGCACUGGGCGUUGUACUGUAUAGAGAUGGGUGACUACCAGAAAGCUCUUGAUAUAUAUGAUAAACAGGUUGAGCAAAGAACUGUCCAAUCAGGAGCUCCGUUGGAUAUGGUAGAUGCCGCAUCACUUCUCUACAGAUUGGAAAUGGAAGGAGUAUCUGUCGGGAAGGCACGUUGGCAGAAGUUGUUUGAUAUAGUUGGACCACAUAUAAAUGACCACACCCUGGUUUUUAACGACAUUCAUUAUCUAAUGGCUGCCCUGGGAACUCAGCAAGAUGACAUUGUUACCAGUUACAAGGAGUCCAUUAUGGAUUUUAUCAAAGUAAAGAAAGGUGAUCAAAGAAACAUAAUGAAUGAUGUUGGUGUUGCGAUGUUCGAAGCAUUUCAAGCGUACAACAACGGAGAGUUUGCUAAGGCUGUUGAGAAGAUGAUCCCCAUAAGGUAUCAGGUUAUCAGGAUAGGAGGAAGCCAUGCCCAGAGAGAUGUUUUUAACCAGUUUUUGAUUCAUGCUGCCCUGAAGUCAACGGAAAAGCAGCAUCAGAAAUUAGCAAGAUGUUUGCUAAUUGAACGGAAAUCAUUGAAAGAUUGCGCCCCCCUCACAGAUCGCCUUACGGCCAGAGCAAUGGCUCUUCAUAUUGAUUGAUUGAUUGAUAUCAAAAAGUAAAACUGGAGACAAGAAUGCGGACUGUGGUUAUGGUAUAUUUUAGUGGUAUAUUAACUGGGGAAACCUGCUCUGGCUCUGCCAACUGAUAAUUGUAUUGAUAAUUGAAGAAACGUGAAUGUGCAGUUGUAAGUUGAGAAACUAAAAAAACAGAUAAUACAAUACCUAUAUUAAGUUAUUUUAUAUAUAUAUAUAUAUAUGUGUAUA